AUGCUGGUUUCAACAAAACCAACACGGUCCGGCCACAAAUUGGCGGUUGGUUGGAGAUGGCAUGUCGUGACCGCUCCGUCGCGCCUCGGGCUCGCUAUGUUGCGGGGCGAGCGACGAGCGACGAGAGAUAAGCUUAAUAGUGGAAAUCCAUUAAACAAGUUUCUUUUAGCGAUGCAACAACAAGACGACUGCAUUUCUGAAUUACAUCCAGACGAUUUAGAAACAAAAUUGCGAGUCUGUUUAUGCAAUCAUCUGUACGCUGCGAAAUCUAUUGUCUACAAUAUGCUAAUGGGGGCUGGUUAUGUAGAUCGCUAUUGA